ACUUAACGUGGUUUUAGAUAUAAUAUUACUAAAUCUCAUCAAAAUUUUAUAAUUGUUAAGAAAAUAUAAAGAUAAUUUCAUUGUGAAUAUAAAAUAAACAACAUAAUAAUAAGUUUUUACUUAUAUAAAAAAUAUAUAAAUUAUUAAUUUAUAAUUUUAAUGGAGUUAUAUAUUUACAUAGAAAUUUUUUUAACAUAUUGUGUUAUUAUUUAUCGAUUAGUGUCAAAUUUUGAACCGGUCCAAAUUGAGACCGAUGAAAUUUAUUAAUUUAUAAAAAUUAUUAAUUUAUCAAGUAUUAUUUUAUAUCUGUUUUACUGUAUUACUGUAUUUGUUGACAACAAUUUUCAAAAAUAGUUGAGCUUUAUAUUCUAAAAAAAAAUAAAAGAACUCAACUUUGUUAAAAUGCAAUCAGUACUCAGGUCAUUAUAAAAAGAAAAUGAAUUAAUAUUAAAUAAACUUUAAUUUAAAUUAAUUAUUAUCUCAAAAUCAUAACACGAGUCACAGCAAAGUUAAAUUUUCUUUAAAAAACGUUUUCCAAAUUAAUGAAAAUAACUAAUCCAAAAAACUCUUUUAAGAAUUUUUUUAGUGCAGAGUUAGUUAUGUUAAAUUCAACUUGUAUUUCAAUGCCAUUCUGCCUUUUUGUCGUCUAUUGGCAUUAUACAUGCAUGGCUAAUUGGUAGUGUUAGAAUAUUGUUUUUUAUGAUAGUUUUGAAUAUCUCCCGUUAUUUUUUGGGUGAUAUUAUAUAAGGAGGUGACUAUUGACUAACACACGUAAUAGAAGUGUCAGGAAAUCUUUAUGAAAAUUUCACCAUUGGUGUGACACAAUGUCGACAUUCGAGAUAAUCAAUACUUUCUUAUACGACCACUCAAUUAUUAUAACUCAUUUGAUAAAAAUAGUUUUUUUUACUAUAAGUUAUAACUCGUCUAUAAUUUCGCGGCGAAGCUCUAUAGUAUUUCACAUCACUUGGAGACUGUUUUUUUUUCUUUUUUUUUUUGAGAAAACUGUUUUUUUUUUUCUUUAAGAUGUUAAUACCGAUAAGAUAAACACAUCUUAGAUCCAGCAGUUAUGUUAUACGCUUAACGUAGUAUCACCAUUUUUAUAUAAAAAACUAGAGGUAGAAUGAAGUUUGGAAGAAGACAUGCAUCGGAUAAUGAUCCUUCGCAUGAAAUGUGCAGUGAACAAGCUACUCAUUGCUGCAAAUGCUACGAUAUCUCCGAAAUAUUUUCGACCGAAACGAGACAGACCACUUCGCUUUCAAAGCAAUCUUCGGAGUGUGUGGAAACUGAUAUUUCAACGGUAUAAAUUUUUUCAUCCAUCGUUAAAUGAAUUACUGAACUUGUUAUAAGUUGUAUAUAUAUAGAGAAUGAAUUGUAAGUAACUAAGGUUCAUGCAUGGUCUCAGCAGGAGCCAGCGGGGUCUUCAUUGGCCUCUGAGUUCACAAGCUCAUCUCCCAUUAAAACAAGGAUCAAGUGGACGACAGAUCUCCAUGACAAGUUUGUAGAGUGUGUCAAUCACCUUGGUGGCCCCAUGAGUAUGAUCUCUUCACAAUAUUCACAUACUCAUCUUUAUUGAAAUUUUGUUAAUGAAAAAAAAAAAAAAAUAUAUGAUUAGUUACCUAUUAUUUCCAAUUGAUCAUUAAACUCCUAGAAGCGACACCAAAGCAGAUCUUGAAGAUGAUGAGAACAGAUGAAUUGACCAUCUACAAAGUCAAGAGCCAUCUUCAGGUAAUACCACAGUGUUUCCUUUUUAUAUUAUGAUCAUAUGAUUCAUUUUCUUGCCUAACUAUCUUGUAUCAUCUAAAUCAGAAAUAUCGAACACAUAAACAUGUUCAAAAUUCCAUGCAAGGUAAAUUCAUAUUAUUGUUAACUGACUCACUAACUCAUUGAACUAAGCGUUAAAUGUUCUGUAGGAACAAGUUUGAAAGAAGAGGAGAUUCAUCUGGAGGGUUCAGGGAUCAAAGAGUUUAUGAGAUUGCAAGAUAAAGUGGGACAACAUCUUCAAGAACAACUAGAGGUUUGUUCCUUUAACAUUAGCAUUUAUGUGUAAUACUACCAAGAACAUACUGCUAAAUCCAUUUUUCCUGAAUCUAAAGUCAAAAUCAAUAAUUAAAAUCAAAAGAGAAGAUAUUGAAUUAUAUAGCCUCCUUACUUUUUAUUCAUUUUCUAAAAUAUUUUUUUUUGUUUUUGUUUGUUUCUGCAGAUCCAAAGAGAAUUAUACUUGGUGGUUGAAGAACAAAAUAAAAAACUCCACGAGAUGAUUACAUUUCAAAAACAAAAUAACUCGUAAAUACAGUAAAAUAAGAGAAGAACUUACAUGUAGUUACUAGCUAUCGUGAGUUAUAAGAACAAGAAAAAUGUAGUUGUGGUGAGAUUAUAUGUUUUAUAUAUUUAAGAAUAAUCUCUACAAGAGAGUUUGCUUAUAAAAAUCAAACAAACCAUACAAGUGAUGUCAAGUUACGUGAAUUUGGGCGGAUCGUUCAAGGCCUAAUACCUUUGUUUAAUUUUAAUGGGCUGUUAAUGGGCUUUAAAAAGAGUUUGAGCCCACCCGACAAAACUGAUUUAAUAAAACACAAAAACCCCAUCUCAUCCCUCACCUGUCUUCUCCGGCACAGCUUCUUCCGAUGAUCCUUGGAGAUGGCAAAUGAAAUGCAGCGAAUUGAGCUGAGUCGAAUCAGUUCCAAACUCGUAAAAGAUUCAUAAAGUUUCGGCUCUUCAAGAUGUCUACAAGUCCCUGAACAAUCCACCGCAGCUGAGAGGAUGGAAACUGGAGGGAGGAGAUCCAUGCGGUGAAGUCUGGAUGGGAGUUUUCUGUUCUGGAUCGUCUAUAGUCGACCUAGAACUACGAGGGUUAAAGCUUUUGGGGAGUCUUGGAAACCAGCUUCAACAUCUCCACAAUUUGAAGAACUUGGACGUUAGCUUCAAUAACCUUCAAGGUGAAAUUCCGUUUGGCUUGCCUCCAAAUACUACCCACAUAAACUUGGCCUAUAACAAUCUGACCCAGGGUCUCCCUUUUUCCUUACCUCUUAUGACAUCUCUUGUGUACCUGAAUUUGAGCCAUAAUUCAUUAACUGGAGCUCUUGGAAAUGUGUUUUCUGGGCUACAAAUUAAAGAAAUGGAUCUGUCAUUCAAUAACCUGACGGGAGAUCUACCGAGCUCUUUUGGAUCUCUGAUGAAUCUAACUUCACUGUACCUCCAGAACAACAGGUUUACCGGAUCAAUCAUCUAUCUCUCGGAUCUACCUUUAACUGACCUGAAUAUCGAAGAUAACCAGUUCAGUGGUAUUAUCCCAAGUCAUUUUCAGUCCAUUCCUCAUCUGUGGAUUUGGGGAAACAAGUUCCAUGUAGAGCCCAACUAUAAACCGUGGAAAUUCCCUUUGGAUGUCAUACCAAUGAUUCAAAAUGCUACUGGCUAUCCAACUACCGAGUCAAGUGCCAUUAUGAACUUUCCUAGACCUCAGAAGGUUAUAAAGAAGAAGAAGAAGGGCAUAGGAGCAGGGAGUAUGGUUUUACUGGUUGGUGGAGUGGCGUUGCUUGGAACUUUCUUUGCACUUUUCGCAGUUGGAAUGAAUCAUCGACGAGCACAAAACCUUGCCGCUAGUCACAGAAGCAACAAUAGCACAACGUACACUCUUCCAGUCAGUACAGGCCGAGAAUUUUCUGCUGCACCUGAAGAUAACCCACAGAUGAAAAGGAUCCGGCCACCACCAGUUCCUCAGCUGAGACGUGUACCUCCUCCACCUGUCAGAAUCGAUAAGCCAGCAGGACGAAAAAGCUUCUCUGCUUCAUGCCAAUAUCCAGCGUAUGCGAAGCUUUUCUCAGCUGCAGAGCUUCAACUGGCAACUGACGGUUUCAGUGAGGAAAACCUACUUGGAGAGGGUCCUAUUGGUUCUGUUUACAGAGCAAAGUUGCCUGAUGGUCAAUUUGCGGCUGUGAGAAACAUCCCAAUGUCUUCGCUGUCUUUACAUGAAGAGGAAAAAUUUACUGAAGUGCUUCAGACAGCUUCGAAACUAAGACAUCCAAACAUUGUGACCCUUCUCGGUUUCUGCAUUGAUAAUGGGCAGCACCUUCUUGUCUAUGAGUAUGUUGGGCAUUUGUCCUUGUACAAUGCUAUGCAUGACAAAGUAUACAAGCCACUUUCAUGGGGCUUGCGUCUCCGCAUUGCUAUUGGAGUUGCCCGAGCUCUUGACUAUUUGCACUCGUCGUUUAGCCUUCCUAUUGCACAUAGCGAUCUGAAAGCAACAAACAUUUUGCUAGACGAAGAACUUACACCUCGUAUUGCUGACUGUGGGCUUGCUAGUUUAAGGCCACUUACAAGCAACAGUGUCAAGCUUCGGGCUUCAGAGAUAGCGAUACAAAACACUGGCUACAUUGCACCAGAACACGGACAACCAGGAAGCAGUGGCACAAAGAGCGACACUUUUGCACUGGGUGUGCUACUCUUGGAACUGUUAACAGGAAGGAAAGCAUUUGACAGCUCGCGACCAGAAGGAGAACAGCUGCUGGUGAAAUGGGCAUCAACCAGACUUCAUGACAGGCGAAGCUUAGAACAGAUGAUUGAUCAAGGCAUAGUCGGCACAUUCUCCUCAAGAGUCGCCUCACACUACGCAGACAUUAUCUCCCUAUGCACUCAGGCAGAGAAGGAGUUUAGACCACCGGUUUCAGAAAUAGUGGAAGCACUCACUUCACUGAUACAGAAACAGAACAAGGAAUCAAGCAGCGUAGCAGACAAGACAGAGAUUGACCCUUUUAGCAAAUCUUUCUGCUCUACACGCACACGUUUCCUCUCCUCACCUACCUCCAGCCACAUCUCCAACUGAAACUUUUCCUGUAUCUCAUUCUUCUUCAUAUUCGUUACUUUCAAAACAAUAGUUCAGAGCAUGUGAUGAUGAUAAUAAUAAACUUGUCAUUGUAAAAAGGAAGUUUCUUAGUAUAGCAUAAAUAAUAAAAAAAUAGUUUGAACAAGACAACACCCUGCAGUAAGAAAAAAUCUGAAACUAAGUUUUCUAGCCAUUCACAAUCCCAACUAAAAAAAACUAUAGCUGACUUUACAUCAGCUAACUAUAUCCUAAUCUCAUCUACAGGUAACAUCAGAUAUAAACCACAAAACACACGAGAAGGGGAAUUUUUAUAAUUGCUAGAUCGAUUAAGAACAUAAUGAUCAUAAGUGUCAAGGUAAAGGGAACAUACUAUCUCUAACGAUCUUAAUGACAGGACACCAUAUUCUAUUUGUUGACACAAGUUCACACUAAGUUUCAGCUUAUAUAAAAACUCCCCUAAAAACCUUGAAAAUGUAUAA